AUGUCCUCCUCCUCGCCCGCGGGCAAGGCCUCCGGCGCCCACUCGCCGGCCGUCAAGCCGCUGCAGCCCGUCGCCGGCGACGCGUCCGCGCUGUCCCAGGGCAUGCGGUACGCCGUGCCACCGAUCCUGCUCGCCGUCUUCGCCUCCACCUUCAGCCGGCUCGUCGCCGACCCCGUGCCGACCAUGGCCCUGAACCUCGCCGUCGCCGGCGGCUGGCAGGUCGCCUACUGCCUGCUCUGCCUGCCCGUGGCCGGCGCCUCCUCCGGCGCCGCCUCCCGCAAGCCCCGUCCCGGCGAGAAGAAGCGGGCUUCCGACUCUGCCGGGCCCAACAUGGCCGUCGCCGUCGUCCUCUCCCUCGUCCUCACCCUCUUCGCCGUGCCCGCGGUCCACGCCGCCAUGGUCCUCCUCGGCGCCCCCUUCCUCACCCACACGGCGCACACCCUCCUCUGCGCCGCGCACCUCGCCGCCCUCGCCUUCUUUCCGCUCUUCUGGACGCGCGGCGUCGACUCGGCCGCCUGGCUGGCGAUCGCGGGCCUGCGCGCGCCCCUCGACGAGUGCGUCGGCGGGCUCGUCGGCGCCGCGGCGGGCGCCUGGCUCGGCGCCGUGCCCAUCCCGCUCGACUGGGACCGCGAGUGGCAGAAGUGGCCCGUCACUAUCCUCAGCGGCAUGUACGCCGGCUACGUGCUGGGCAGGGUGCUCGGCGGGACGGUGCUGUUUGGCAAGAGGUUUUGA